ACCGGACUUGUACUAGAAAGCGGUUGGGCUCUGUGGAUCCAUGUCCAUUCAGUUAGCCAGUCCUGGACUUAAUAUUUGACUCUGAAUGACUGAGAGGCCUAUCAUAUCUGCUGUUGCCCUUGGACCAAAGCAAUUAUGAGGACCUAAAGUUCUGGUGCUUGGGAAUCCACUUGGAAUACAUGCAAAUGGACAUGGUCUUUUUUCCCCCAAGAUGGUAGGAGCUAACCAUAAAAUAUUACCCCUGGUGGAUAUCAUCAUUUCAGUUUUUUGUCUAGUGGAAUUAAUUUGGGUUUGACUUGAGAAUAUUGGACAAUGGAUAAACUUCUAGUCUUGGCAAACGUCAUCGUUUCCAGCCAGUAAUCUCAAAAUUCAAGGAAAAAGCUUAUUUCUGGCUUGCUUGGACCAAAAGCUUUACAUUUCCACCUUCCGCCAUGACUGAUUUUGGUUUCCUUAGUGGACUCUUCGAGUCACUCCAGGCGAACUCGCCCAUGCUGGGCCGUUUUUGGCUGCUCCUCAUGCUGGUCUUCAGGAUGCUGAUCCUGGGAACGGUGGCCAGUGAUAUGUUUGAAGACGAGCAAGAGGAGUUUUCGUGCAACACGUUGCAGCCCGGCUGUAAGCAGGUUUGUUAUGACCAGGCUUUCCCUAUCUCCCAGUAUCGCUUUUGGGUCUUCCAUAUUGUGCUCAUCUCUACACCUGCUCUGGUCUUUCUUAUGUAUGCCAUGCACCACCACAAAAAACACCAGGACUUUCAACAAGGAUCUGUAUCCAGUUUGUUGGUGGCAAAGCAGCAGCGUCAUCUUAAACUUCUUUACAUGGUCAACGUCGGCUUCCGUCUUCUUUCUGAGAUCGGCUUUUUAGUUGGCCAGUGGCUGCUGUACGGCUUUCGCGUGGAGGCGCAGUUUCCCUGCAGUCGCUUUCCUUGUCCAUACACUGUAGACUGCUUCACCUCCAGACCUAUGGAGAAGACAGUCUUCCUGGUCUUCUACUUCGCUGUGGGAGUUCUUUCAGCUGUUUCCAGCCUGGUCGAGAUCAUUCACGUCACCCGAAAGUGGUUAAUGGAAAAUGGGGAUGAGUUGGUACCUUGGAAGGAUGUGGAACAGAGGGCAGAGCCUGAUGAAGGGAAUCUGAAGCAAAAUGUACAGAACCUUGCACUGGGAAGUGGUACAGGGUCAAACAAAUCCAGGCGGCCACCGCUGUUCACAGGAAAGGGUGGUAGAAGCAGCUGGAGAUCACAAGGAACAGUAGGAAAUACAAGGUACUCCAGUAUCAAGAGCCUCAAAAGCACCAACAGCCAGAAAAGUGCCUCACUGGUGGUUUAAGGACCAGACAUUUUGAACAAUAUUGCACACUAUUGGAGUAAAAAGGCUACAGAUAUGAGUAAAUUUAAAAUUUGUAUGUGUGUAUUACAUACACACGUUGUUCAGGUCAUAUUUUGAGCCAUAUAGAAGAUUAAAAAGGUGAAAAAUAAACAGUUUGUUGCACAAGUAAAUUGUAUUAUUUAUUUUAUUGCACAGCCGAAGACUGAUACCUGCAGACUUACGAUACAAAGUUCUUAAAUCCAACGCACAAACCAAGCUAGAAUUAGGUCUACUGGAAGUCUUAAACAAAUAUUACAAAAUAUAUUUUUUUUUUUAUUGAACUAGCACUUUGUCAACUUGGUGACUCUUAAGUUCCCAUGGUAAAAGGGCUGGCAUCACUGACUGCUGCACAUGUUUUUGUGGACAUCAGAUUACUUGUCUGCAUUUCUACACAACCACACCAUUUACUUUUAGUUAACUGACCUACAGUACCAGUCAAAAUUGUGUAUACAUAGUAAAAUCUGUGUUUUUUUAUUUAUAAAUAUUUUUUCUGCAUUGUAAUGCUAA